AUAUAUAUAUAUAUAUAUGAAAGUAUUGAAUUGUUAUUGUGUUUUGAUAGUUAACAGCUAAUCAUAAAGGUCAUUUUGAAUUUCGUUUAUGUAAUGUGGAUAGUAAUCCAAAUUCAGAUGCAACACAAGAAUGUCUUGAUCGUCGGGUAUUAAAAAUUGCUGGAACGGAUUCAACUAGAUUUCGUGAUGUUGAUAAAUAUGGUUCAGAAGCAAUUACUGUUCGUGUUCAACUUCCAUCAGAUGUUGCUUGUCGACAUUGUGUUUUUCAAUGGAAAUAUACAACAGGAAAUAGUUGGGGUACAGAUCCUACAACUGGUCAAUCAGGUCUUGGAAUGGGUAUUGAAAAUGAAACAUUCAUGGGUUGUUCAGAUAUUUCGAUUGUUGGGAAUGGUUCACCUACUGAAAUAAUACCUCCUAUUAUUAUUCCACCUAGUGAUCCAGAAACAACUGCAAGACCAACAAUUGCACAACCAGAAACUACGACAAAUUCUCCUCCAUCAAGUGGUUCAACUACUUGGUCAUCUAAUGGUGUUCAAUAUAAAACUAAUGAUAUAGUAUUAUAUCAAGGCAAAAGAUUUCAAUGUGUUGCCGGUCAUACAUCAUUUCCUGGAGCUGAACCAGGCAUUCUUACUUGGGCUUGGUGGAAACCUAUAGACUAA